UGUUCAGCAAUAAAGUCCAAUAAUUGAAUUAAAAUGAAUUCUUUUAGCUCCAAUUCAUCUGUCGCUUCUCUGUACGUUGGUGAUUUGCCUCCAGAUGAAACAGAAACUACGCUCUUCGAAAAAUUUUCUACCGUAGGACCAAUUCUUUCCAUCAGAGUAUGUAGAGACCUGAUUACAGGAAGAUCUUUGGGCUAUGCCUACGUUAAUUUUCAGUAUCCUCAAGAUGCAGAUAGAGCCUUGGAUACUAUGAACUUUGAUUUAAUUAAAGGAAAACCGAUACGAAUAAUGAGGUUACAGAGAGAUCCAUCGCUUAGAAAAUCUGGCGUUGGAAAUAUUUUCAUCAAGAAUUUAGACAAGAGCAUCGACAACAAAGCUAUGUAUAAUACAUUUUCUGCUUUCGGAAAUAUCUUGUCGUGUAAAGUGGUUACGGACGAAGAAGGUAACUCGAAAGGUUACGGUUUUGUGCAUUUUGAAACAGAAAAAGCAGCUAAUAAUGCCAUCGCUAAGAUAAAUGGCUUGCUGUUAAACGGCAGAAAAGUGUACGUAGGUAAGUUCAUUCCUCGAAGAGAACGUGAGAAAAUAAUCGGAGAGAAAGCUCUUCGAUUCACAAAUGUUUACAUCAAAAAUUUUGGGGAUGAACUAGAUGAUGAUAAACUGAGAGAAAUGUUUGAAAAAUAUGGUACUAUCAUUAGUGCUAAAGUCAUGGUCGAUAAAAGCGGCAAGUCAAAGGGUUUUGGAUUUGUUAAUUUUCAAGAUUCCGAGAGUGCUAAAAGAGCUGUAGAAGAAUUAAAUGCUCAAGAACUCGGUGGAAGACAGCUUUAUGUCGGCAGAGCACAGAAAAAAGCCGAAAGACAAGUGGAAUUAAAACUAAGAUUUGAACGAUUAAAAUUGGAACGAAUGAGUCGUUAUCAAGGUUCCAAUUUAUAUGUUAAACAUUUAGAAGAUUCCAUCGAUGAGGAACGCCUCAGAAUAGUAUUUUCGUCUUUUGGUAACAUCACAAGUGUCAAAAUCAUGACGGAUGAUCGUGGCAAUUCUCGUGGAUUUGGCUUUGUUUGUUUCAGUUCUCCCGAAGAAGCAAUCAAAGCAAUAACUGAAAUGAAUGGAAAAAUCAUUGUUUCUAAACCGCUUUACGUUGCUCUAGCCCAAAGAAAAGAAGACCGUAAAGCUUAUAUCGCUUCGCAAUACAUGCAAAGACUGGCUAAAAUGUACGGACAACCAUAUUUCAACCAAAUGUGCCAACCAGCAGGAGGUGAUAAUUUUGUACCGACAAUGCCGCAAGUUGCAGGAAGAUAUAUUCCAACCCAAAUUCCACAGAUGCAACCUACGUCGAACUGGAUAACGCAACCACCGUUGACACAAAGUGAUCCGCACAUCGAUGGAUUCUCAGCCAUGCAAUUCGCACAAUUCGCUUCUCCUGUUCUACAUUCAACAGUCACAGCAACUAAAACACAACACAUUUCAACUAAUAUGAAUGGAAGAUCUAUCACUAAACAACAGAACAGAACAGAAUCGACAAGAGUUACAUCUGUGGAGCAGUCUACUGCGGCCUGUCCCGUGGCCGUACCAAUUGCCAAUAUUGCGCAGCCUUAUUCUCCGACAUAUAUAGCUAGCAUGUGUAAUUCUCCACCGUCCAUCGUUCAACCACCAAUUCUUGAACAAGCUGCAAGUUAUAUCCAAGAACAGGAAGCUCUGAGCACUUCCAUGCUUGCCAAUGCCAAUUGUCAAGAACAGAAGCAAAUGUUAGGAGAACGUUUGUAUUCAAUCAUUCAGUGCUGGUAUUCAGAUAUAGUCGGAAAGUUAACAGGAAUGUUGCUAGAAAUCGAUAAUUCUGAGCUAUUGCAUAUGCUCGAGAACCAGGAUGCCUUGAAAGCGAAGGUAGACGAAGCAGUCGCUAUUCUCCAGGCUCAUCACAAUGAAGAAGUUGCAUCCAAGGAAGAAGUUUCAGCAAUUAAAGAGAAAAUGAAUUCUUUUAGCUCCAAUUCAUCUGUCGCUUCUCUGUACGUUGGUGAUUUGCCUCCAGAUGAAACAGAAACUACGCUCUUCGAAAAAUUUUCUACCGUAGGACCAAUUCUUUCCAUCAGAGUAUGUAGAGAUCUGAUUACAGGAAGAUCUUUGGGCUAUGCCUACGUUAAUUUUCAAUAUCCUCAAGAUGCAGAUAGAGCCUUGGAUACUAUGAACUUUGAUUUAAUUAAAGGAAAACCGAUACGAAUAAUGAGGUUACAGAGAGAUCCAUCGCUUAGAAAAUCUGGCGUUGGAAAUAUUUUCAUCAAGAAUUUAGACAAGAGCAUCGACAACAAAGCUAUGUAUAAUACAUUUUCUGCUUUCGGAAAUAUCUUGUCGUGUAAAGUGGUUACGGACGAAGAAGGUAACUCGAAAGGUUACGGUUUUGUGCAUUUUGAAACAGAAAAAGCAGCUAAUAAUGCCAUCGCUAAGAUAAAUGGCUUGCUGUUAAACGGCAGAAAAGUGUACGUAGGUAAGUUCAUUCCUCGAAGAGAACGUGAGAAAAUAAUCGGAGAGAAAGCUCUUCGAUUCACAAAUGUUUACAUCAAAAAUUUUGGGGAUGAACUAGAUGAUGAUAAACUGAGAGAAAUGUUUGAAAAAUAUGGUACUAUCAUUAGUGCUAAAGUCAUGGUCGAUAAAAGCGGCAAGUCAAAGGGUUUUGGAUUUGUUAAUUUUCAAGAUUCCGAGAGUGCUAAAAGAGCUGUAGAAGAAUUAAAUGCUCAAGAACUCGGUGGAAGACAGCUUUAUGUCGGCAGAGCACAGAAAAAAGCCGAAAGACAAGUGGAAUUAAAACUAAGAUUUGAACGAUUAAAAUUGGAACGAAUGAGUCGUUAUCAAGGUUCCAAUUUAUAUGUUAAACAUUUAGAAGAUUCCAUCGAUGAGGAACGCCUCAGAAUAGUAUUUUCGUCUUUUGGUAACAUCACAAGUGUCAAAAUCAUGACGGAUGAUCGUGGCAAUUCUCGUGGAUUUGGCUUUGUUUGUUUCAGUUCUCCCGAAGAAGCAAUCAAAGCAAUAACUGAAAUGAAUGGAAAAAUCAUUGUUUCUAAACCGCUUUACGUUGCUCUAGCCCAAAGAAAAGAAGACCGUAAAGCUUAUAUCGCUUCGCAAUACAUGCAAAGACUGGCUAGAAUGUACGGGCAACCAUAUUUCAACCAAAUGUGCCAACCAGCAGGAGGUGAUAAUUUUGUACCGACAAUGCCGCAAGUUGCAGGAAGAUAUAUUCCAACCCAAAUUCCACAGAUGCAACCUACGUCGAACUGGAUAACGCAACCACCUUUGAGACAAAGUGAUCCGCGCGUCGAUGGAUUCUCAGCCAUGCAAUUCGCACAAUUCGCUUCUCCUGUUCUACAUUCAACAGUCACAGCAACUAAAACACAACACAUUUCAACUAAUAUGAAUGGAAGAUCUAUCACUAAACAACAGAACAGAACAGAAUCGACAAGAGUUACAUCUGUGGAGCCGUCUACUGCGGCCUGUCCCGUGGCCGUACCAAUUGCCAAUAUUGCGCAGCCUUAUUCUCCGACAUAUAUAGCUAACAUGUGUAAUUCUCCACCGUCCAUCGUUCAACCACCAAUUCUUGAACAAGCUGCAAGUUAUAUCCAAGAACAGGAAGCUCUGAGCACUUCCAUGCUUGCCAAUGCCAAUUCUCAAGAACAGAAGCAAAUGUUAGGAGAACGUUUGUAUUCAAUCAUUCAGUGCUGGUAUUCAGAUAUAGUCGGAAAGUUAACAGGAAUGUUGCUAGAAAUCGAUAAUUCUGAGCUAUUGCAUAUGCUCGAGAACCAGGAUGCCUUGAAAGCGAAGGUAGACGAAGCAGUCGCUAUUCUCCAGGCUCAUCACAAUGAAGAAGUUGCAUCCAAGGAAGAAUAAAAAACAUUUUUUAAUGUAAUUUCUUGUUUUUUAACGUUAUUAUCAUAUAACUAUACUCUAUAUGAAUUGUUGAAAGCAUAGUUUAUACUUUGAUAUUUUGUAUUAUCUUUAAUGUUUUCUUUCAAAAUUACAAUAUGAAUAUAAAAAAAAUGAGCAUUUAUAAAAAUGUAUAAAUUUUCGUCUGUUAAUUAAUAUUAUGAUAUAAUAAUAAAAAUAAUAAAUAUUAAAACAAAAUAUAAGAAUUUAUUUAUUAAAAAUAUCGGUAGCUUUUUAUGAAGCAAGACUGGAUCCAUGGUCCGAGAUGUUCAUCUUACAUUCAGAAUUUUUCCUUUUUUAUCAUAAAUCGGAAAAUUUAGACGUUUUAAGAUAUUUUACUUUUUGUAACAUUAAUUAUGAAAUAUAAAUUUAAAUU